CACCCCAGAGUUCUAUGCUGAAUCACCAUGAGAAGGCUGCCUUAACCCCACCCACUCCCAUUGUACCUUUCACAAUAAAGCGACCCGUCCCACAGACGGCGCAGUCCAGAAACGUCUCUACCCAAUCAUUAUUUUCCAACUCUGGCAGUCCGCAGGAUGAGUUUCUUCGGGCAAAGGCCGUCUCCUCUCAGCCAGUCGGACAUCGUGGAUAUUUACCGUCACGACCUGAUUGAAGACAAACGCUUCAGACAGUCUGACCCACACGUCCUCAUAGUGCUGGGAGCCUCGGGUGACCUGGCCAAGAAGAAGAUCUACCCCACGCUCUGGUGGCUGUUCAGGGAUGGAUUACUCCCGGAGGAUACGCACGUGGUGGGGUUUGCCCGUUCUGCUCUCACCAUGCAGGGCCUCCGCAACCAAGUGCAGCCCUACCUGAAGGCGACGGAGGGCGAGUUGGACAAGUUAGACCGCUUCUUCAGCUGGCACUCCUACCUGCAGGGCAAGUACAACGAGAGGGCCAGCUUCCAGCAGCUGGACCGCCACAUCACCUCCCUCCAGCAUGGCGCCCGGGCCAACCGCCUCUUCUACCUCGCCCUACCGCCCAGCGUCUACGAGGACGUCACCCGCAACAUCAAGGAGGCCUGCAUGGGCAAGGAGGGCUGGAACCGUGUGAUCGUGGAGAAGCCGUUUGGGAAGGACUUGGAGAGCUCGAACAAGCUGGCUGCCCACCUCUCUUCCCUCUUCAAGGAGGAGCAAAUCUACCGCAUUGAUCACUACCUGGGCAAGGAGAUGGUGCAGAACCUGAUGGUCAUCAGGUUCGCCAACCGGAUCUUCGGACCUGUGUGGAACAGGGACAACAUCGCCUCCGUCGUGCUGACCUUCAAGGAGCCGUUCGGGACGGAAGGCAGAGGGGGCUACUUUGACGAGUUUGGGAUCAUCCGGGACGUGAUGCAGAAUCACAUGAUGCAGAUGCUGUGUCUGGUUGCCAUGGAGAAGCCGGCCUCCACCAACUCUGAUGAUGUCCGCGAUGAGAAGGUGAAGGUACUUAAGAACAUCUCGGAGAUCCAGAUGGAAAACGUGGUGGUCGGGCAGUACGUGGGGAAUCCUAACGGAGAGGGUGAGGCAAAGAAGGGUUACCUCGAUGACCCCACCGUGCCAGUGGGCUCCACCACGCCCACCUUUGCCACCGUGGUGCUCUACAUCCAGAACGAGCGUUGGGAUGGAGUCCCCUUCGUGAUGCGCUGCGGGAAGGCGCUGAACGAGAGGAAGGCAGAGGUUCGCCUCCAGUUCCGGGAUGUGCCGGGCGAUAUCUUCCAGCAACAGUCCAAACGCAACGAGCUGGUCAUCCGCGUCCAGCCCAACGAGGCCAUCUACACCAAACUGAUGACCAAGAAGCCCGGAAUGUUCUUCAACCCUGAGGAGACCGAGCUGGACCUCACCUAUGGCAGCCGCUACAAGGAUGUGAAGCUGCCUGAUGCCUACGAGCGCCUGAUUCUGGAUGUGUUCUGUGGCAGUCAAAUGCACUUUGUCCGGAGUGACGAGCUCCAAGAAGCCUGGAGAAUAUUCACACCCCUUCUUCACAAGCUGGAGUCUUCCAAAAUUCGCCCCGUUCCCUACGUGUACGGCAGCCGCGGACCCCCAGAGGCCGAUGAGAUGAUGAAGAAGGUGGGCUUUCGUUACGAGGGCACCUACAAGUGGGUGAGCCCCAACAGACUGUGAGCCCGGCGGCCGGGUGGAAAUGGAGAGAGGGGGAGUGGAUGGAGACAGAGCGUGACACACACACACCCCCACCCACCCACCCACCACUGACACUCUACCCUUCCACAACCUCCACACCACUACCUCCCACCCCUCCCCACACCAGUUCCAUCGCACCUCCUGGAAGAACAGAGGACCUCUCUCAGAAUGAUUCCGGCCGGAAUGUACGGAGCGUCAGGACAAAACUCUGUCACUCACAAAGCCAGCGUUGCCCUUCGACCCUGAUGAAUGUACUGUCUCCUUUCGUUACUUGUAUCCACAGAGAGUGCUAGAGCUUAAGUUAUUGCUGUCUUGUCGUUGCUUGCUUAAGAGGGUGGUGAAACUUCACGGAUUGCCUGUGCUGCUGGCUGGGUGGGUUGUUUUCAGGGUCUCUUCACUGCUGUGGCUUGUCGGUGUGAAAGAACUCACGAGGACACUCCCUCCCUCUCACCCUCCUCGUCCAGAAAUCACUGCACUUCCUGGUCACCCUGCACAGAACGUGUUCGGGGUUCCGGUGGAGACAGAUAUACUGGGAGUGUGUGAUGGGACAGUGGGAGUAUGUGAUGGGACAGUGUGGAGGGAGUUUCACUCUGUGUCUGACCCCGGGAGUGUGUGAUGGGACGGUGUGGAGGGAGCUUCACUCUGUGUCUGACCCCGGGAGUGUGUGAUGGGACAGUGAGGAGGGAGCUUCACUCUGUGUCUGACCCUGGGAGUAUGUGAUGGGACAGUGUGGAGGGAGUUUCACUCUGUGUCUGACCCCGGGAGUGUGUGAUGGGACGGUGUAGAGGGAGAUUCACCCUCUGUCUGACCCCGGGGUUGUGUGAUGGGACAGUGAGGAGGGAGCUUCACUCUGUGUCUGACCAUGGGAUUUUGUGAUGGGAAUUUCACAGAGGGAAAGGGUACUUCAUUCUAUGUCUGACCUUGGAAGUUUGUGGUGGGACAGUGUGAAGGGAACCUCACUCUGUUUUUGUCCUUUUCUCCGGAGGCAGUAUACAUUUUAAAGGUUUUAAAAACUAGUAAAUUAGAAUUUUAUAAAGACUGCUUAUUAACAACUUUAUUAAAAUGCUGAAGAAGGAAAACUUUUUAACCGAUACAAUGUGGGAGAAACCCUUCAGUAUCGAAUCGCCUUUGCCGCAGCCCCUCCCUCGUUGCCCCCGUCUCCUCUGGUGUCAUUUUGCCUCCUCAGCCUGAGGCGAGGUUCCAGUUUGGAUGAAGAAGGAGCCCAUUUUAUAUCCCCCAGAACCUGGUACUUGAGGGGGACCAGUCAGGCCGCGGGACUCGGCUGCACCUUCUUGCCUCCCGGCUGAGACAUGGUUCACGGACAGAGGCAACUCGCUUUGCGGCUGAACCACGUACAUCACCGUUACCUGCCCUCAAAGCUUUGUGCCUGAGUGUACUCUAAACAUUCCUACUUCCCACACUUCAGUCUUAAUACCAACUGUCUUUAAGCUGCAUACUCUUGUAUGCACUGAGGAGGAUUGAAAUGUGACUUGCACUCCCCUCUUCUCCAGCUAAUUCGUACUCUAAAGAGAGAGAGAGAGAGCCCCAACUGACUUGUGCUUCAUUAGUUAUUGUGGGUCUGAUGUAAUGAGUCAUUUUGCUGGUUGAAGGGGGAAGAGAGAGAUCGAAGGGAGGGUCACAGUUUGGAUCGGGAUCAUUUUUGUAAUUGCUGUUGUAUAUUUCAGUUUAUUUAGUAAAAACCUGUUAGUUAUUUGUGCUUUUUCUUAA